CAUUUAUAGGGUUGGAAUUUUUAGAAAGAUCUGGGCUUUGCAGGGGGAAAAAGCAAUUUCUUUUCUCACUGUCUUAACUUUCAUAUUUUUCCUUCACACAUUCACACACAUCUUUAAAUUCAGACCAAGAUCAUCAUUCAUCUGUAACUAACAUUCAUUCAUCUGUAACUAAAUAAUUUCAUUCUGACCACCAUGGAAAGAAUGGGCUUAUUCUAUUACGGAACCUUUCAUUAGUUAUACCUUCACUUCGUCCUUCCUUUGGUAUGAACACAGGUGGUUACAAUGUAACCUGAUCUUUCUUCAGUGUUACAGUUCUUAUAUUUAGGGGGUAAGUGACAGGAUUAAGUCAAGAGUAGUUUUCCCUAGGAUUCUUCUGUGAGUCACACUUCACUUUGGGGAUACCAGACUACCUCUGAUUUCAACAAAGGAAAAUUCUGAUUUCAAAACUGCUCUCCCAGUACCCGAGACCCCAAAACUCAAAACAUCUACAAGAAAAAGUAAAGAAAUCAGGAAACCCAAAGGGAAUUAAAGAGAGACCUCUUCACUCUCAAUUAGCAAGUCUCAUCACAUAAUGUCAUUUGAGAAGAUGAACAAUUUCCAACUGAAUGAAGAGUACCUAAAACCAGAAACCAAAGAAAUCAAUGGAAUUCUCAUGACCAAAAUGAUAAAUGAUAACUGGGACAAAAUUUGGAACUUCCAAGCCAAGCCUGAUGAUCUGCUCAUUGCAACAUAUGCAAAAGCAGGUACAACCUGGACACAAGAGAUUGUGGAUAUGAUCCAAAAUGAUGGAGAUGUAAAAAAAUGCCAACGAGCGAACAUCUUUGAUAGGCAACCUUUUAUUGAGUGGAUUCUGCCUCCACCCCUCAAUUCUGGUCUAGAUCUAGCUAAUAAAAUGCCUUCUCCAAGAACACUGAAAACACAUCUUCCUGUCCAGAUGUUACCACCAUCCUUCUGGGAGCAAAAUUCAAAGAUAAUCUAUGUGGCAAGAAAUGCAAAAGAUUGCCUGAUAUCUUAUUAUCAUUUCUCAAGAAUGAAUAAAAUGGUGCCUGACCCAGGUACCUUGGAAGAAUUCAUUGAGGAAUUCAUGAAUGGAAGAGUGCUCUGGGGUUCCUGGUAUGAUCAUGUGAAAGGAUGGUGGGAUGCAAAAGAAAAACACCCCAUUCUUUAUCUGUUUUAUGAAGACAUGAAAGAGAACCCAAAGCGGGAAAUCCAGAAGAUGAUGAAGUUCAUGGAGAAGGAUUUAUCAGAGGAAAUCCUCAAUAGGAUCAUUUAUCACACUUCUUUUGAUAUCAUGAAGCAAAAUCCCAUGGCAAAUUACACUGCCUUGCCUACAAGCAUAAUGGACCAUUCCAUUUCCCCAUUCAUGAGAAAAGGAAUGCCAGGAGAUUGGAAGAACCAUUUUACUGUUGCCCAGAAUGAGAAAUUUGAUGAAGAUUAUAAGAAGAAGAUGACGGGAACCACUUUGACUUUUCGCACAGAGAUCUAAGAGGGAAAAUAAUGGAAAUUCACUAAAAUUUUCCUCUGUAUUUUCUCCAGUAAUCUCAUGACCACAUGUAUACUAAGCCUUUUCCUUUCUAGCUUUUUUUUACCAGCCCUCUAAUCUCUCAUCAAUUAAUCAACCAACAAUUUUUAUCAAGCAUUUAUUGCAUACUAAACACUAAGCUAUGCACUGGUGACACAAAGACAAAAAUGAAACAAUUCUUGCUUCAUUGAGUUUCUGUACUCCAACAAUAAAAGUUAAUUAUGUCUAGGUAUGUAGAUAUAAAUAUGCAUAUAGAUGUUUAUAUCUAUAUAUGUAUUAUAUGUGUGUAUAUAUG